AUGGGAGGCUGUAUGGGAACAUCGAGAGAUCCGAGUGUUCGAGUCAGUUCCAGCGAUCAAUUUGGUAGUACUCCGGGAGGUAUUUGCGUAAAAUUUUCUUCUGGCCACAUUUUGCUGUGGCAUGUUCUACGGCUUAAGGUCUAGUACCAGUCGAAUCAAAGUGGUUUCAUAGUGUCAACUGACGCUUACUGUUUGUUUUUUCUAGUUACUUUGGGUCGAAAUCAGCCGUUGAAGAAGGAACGUCCGCCAUGGACUUCGGAAAUGCCGCUCACAGAGGGCCAACUCAGGUCCAAAAGGGAUGAGUUUUGGGAAACUGCGCCAGCUUUUGAAGGGCGGAAAGAGAUUUGGGAUGCGUUGAGAGCGGCAGCCGAAACAGAUGACCACACUUGGGCACAAGCAAUCGUUGAUGGUGCAAACAUAACACUUCCCACUGGUAAGUUAAAGUUUAUGCUCGAAUUUACGCUUUGCUGAAUCAUGUCUAUUUCAAGUUCCGUUGAACGAAGCGUAUUGAAGGAACCUCACGCAAAUAUAUUUUCAUCUCUGUGGCUUCUCUAGACUUAACAGGGAUUUAGAUGUCAAUAUUAUAACGACUAUUAAAUGCUUUUAAAUGUGGAUCCUUUGUUAAGUGCGUCGUUAGGUGUCUGUGAUGCUGUACCGCAAGUUUCGAUCGCUAACGACUUCUAAGUUUACAGAGCAAUAUAAGUUGUCACGUCUUAGAAAAAUGAGAUAUGUAUGUUUAAUCACUGUCCGCACAACAGAGCUAAAUGGCCCCUUUAGUUGUCGAAUUUCAUUAAUUUUUAUUUCUUCAUGUCUCAGUAAUGAAAAUAGUGGGUAAAAAAUAAUAGCGCAUUUUUCAUUGUCACAAAGAUGUGAUAAGCUUAUAGUCGGUGUAGCUGAAAAGCGAUCUCCACUUUCGACCAUUCACAAUCAAGUGCAGUUUUACAAGAUCGCAGAGUGCUGAUGUUUGUGGUUUUUACUUUUUACACUAUUAAACUGACAAUUUUUACGACGAUUGCUACAGAUAAUUUGGCAUGUAUUUUGAAAAGAACGUAAGAAUUUGUUUAAUUCUUCCAGUGGUGAUAAGUGACUCACUUUUGUGACUCACCUAUUCAAUUCCAUUGCCCCUAAAGAAUAACAGUUGAAUUUCCAUGUGCUCUACAAGUACCUCUUAAAAGAGAGCACUUGCAAUAAGCAGCCCCCUCUCUAAUAAGCCCCCCCCCCCCCACCCACCCCUGCAGAAGUUAAUGGUGAGAGGGAUAAAUAUGCAGAUCGAGUAAACUGAAUUGAGGGUUGUUAGAAGAAUAACAAGAAGAUUUAUUCUUAAAUGAAUGUAGCCUUUGCAACAGUAUAUCUCUACAACAACUCAUAACUCUGGACUCGAUGUAAACAGCAGAAACUGCCUCUUCCAAACUAAACACAACCUCCGUCUCACUUUAUUAAACAUGGCCUCUGCCAAACUCCCUUUGCUUUUUAAAAUGAGUUAAUCUUUAUGCUGUUAUUUGUUUGCUUGUUUACUUUCGAAGUCAAAUUCUAGAACCUUCGAAAUUUUUUUUGUAUUUUACUAUUACAUUUUUUACAAACACUUACAUGAGUUUUUAAAAUAAACAAACCGAGAAUACAAUGUAAUCGAGAAACUCCUAGCAUUAUGUCUCACUAGUCACUAUAAAAUUUAAAAAAAGAUGAGGCAAGGGAGCACAAGGAAGCCAAUAAGGCUUGUGUAUACGACUACCUUUAAAAAUUGUAUUAUCUAAUUAAUUAAUAAAAUACUGACAUCGGCAAGACAAUUUACCACUGAGCAUGUACAAAUUCUCUAGAACAGAAACUAAUCAUUAAAUGGGAUAAGAAUAGAUAAGGCUGAAUGUGUACGUGAAAAAAUGAAAAAGAAGAGAUGAGAAAAAAAAUAAUGCAAGAAUAUGUGUCGCAGAUUUACUGUAAUAUUAUUUAACCUUUGUUAGUAACGUCUGCAAAGCAGUGCCGACAAUAUCCUUGUUCUGGGCCACCUAUGGACUCAACAAUUUACCAGAAGAGCAUUUCAAAUUUCCUAUCAUCUUGAUUAGCAAAUGCACAGCUUCCAGGUUCAGUUGUAGGCACCUGUGCACACAUCUUUGGAGGUCUGAUGAUGUGUGUGUUGUAAAUUUAAGUCACACUUGGUUUAGUUGACUUGUUCACCUAGGAAAUGUACGUCUUUGUGGUUAAUAUGCUCACACUGUGGGUCGCUUCCUCCAUUGACUAUAAUGUUCUGCAAUAAUUUUGAUAAAUGGAACAGUAGAGCUGAAAUUAAUAUUUCUGGAAUUGCAUAUGUGUUAGAAGUCAUUCUGAUGGACGGCUGCUUCAGUUAGAUAUCUGCAGGAAAAACAAUGGUUUAUAGCCUUUCCCUUUUGAAUAAUAGAUGGGAGAGGAAGUUGGCUGUAUCUAAAUUUAAAAUUUAAACCUUUUUUGAAGGGGUUUGGGGGGUGGGGUGGUCCAGUUAGCAGUGCUCUACUGUAUACCAUGUACUCUACUAAAAUUUAUUUAUCUGUCAGGAUCCUUACAAGAUGCUUAUGAUGAACUGGGCAACAGAUAUGUACUUCCAGUCUACUGCAUCAGCAGGCCAACUAAUCUAAUUAAGGAUGAGGAUGUUAGUGGGGAGACGAGCAAAGAGGACGAUGAUGAAAACGAAACUCCACCAACUGGAGAUGAACUGUACAUUAAACUUCGAUUGUCUUCUGGAAAGGACCUGAAAAUGACUGUUUACACUUCUGAUACUGUCCUUAAAAUUAAAAAGAAGCUUCACAAGCUGGAAGGGUUUGAGCCUUCAAAGCAAAGAUGGUUUUAUGCUGGACGAAUGUUAACUGACAAGACAACAAUAGGAGAAGCUAAAAUUCCCAAAGGCUAUGUUGUGCAAGUCAUUUUGCCUCAGCCAACACCAGUUGAAAACUAGCAGUGAGACUAUAAUGUAUUAUCAGAGGACUGGAUUCAUUGAUUGUUUUGUUAUGGAAAUAUGAAGGAUUAAUAACAUUUAUGUUAUAAUUUUAAAGCAUUAUUAUUUCACGGAGAAUUUUCAGGUAAAAAACAAUGAUCUUGCAUUUUUUUAAUUUAAUGGUUGAUACAGUUCCUAUUUAA